AUGUCAGUCUCCAGAUGCUUGUUUACAUGUGUUGUGUACACCUGUGAGUUAUUUCCGAAGAUAGUUCGGAGCUGGCAUUUGCCUCUGAGUUUCACCCCGUGCGGUAUGGCAGCGGCAGCGGAGGAUCCGGAGGACUGCGUCCGCAGCAACGGAGGCGCGGCGCAGGGAGCGCUAACAGGUGACGGCGAACCUGAGGAGGCCGAGGAGUUCACCUGUUCGGCCUACUGCUCGGAGCUUUCCCGACGGCAGAACGAGCAGAGGAAAGCGGGGCUGUUCUGCGACGUGACUCUAGUCUUCUGCUCGGGAGCGGUGCCCGGGGUUCAGACCUUGUCCGCACACCGCUCGGUUUUAUCCGCGGCGUCGCAGUACUUCAUGCUGCUGCUGUCGGGACAGUUUUCAGAGUCCCGGUCCGGGCGAGUGGAGCUAAAGGAAUGGAGCUCGGGCACAAGACCCGACCCAGAGACUGUGGAGAGUGUCAUACAGUUCAUGUACACAGGAGAAGUGAGGGUGACCACCGCCAAUGUGCAUGAAGUGUUGGAACUUGCUGACAGGUUUCUGCUGGGGCAGUUGAAGACCUUCUGUGGAGAGUUCUUGAUGAGGAAGUUGAGCAUGUCCAACUGUGUAGCCGUACACAGCCUUGCACACAUGUACACACUGACCCAGCUUGCUCAGAGAGCCGCGGAGACAAUCAGAAGAAACUUCCACAAAGUCAUCCACAACGAGGAAUUCUACACACUGCCUUUUCACUUGGUGCGAGACUGGCUGUGCGACACAGAAAUCACCGUGGAGUCUGAACAGGAGUUGUUUGAGGCCAUCGUGAAAUGGGUCCACCAAAACCCAGAGGAGCGAGAGAAGCAUUUUGAGGAGCUGUUCAGGCUUUUAAGGCUGCCACAGAUUGCUCCUACUUUCUUGACACGUGUAGUGAGAAAGGAGCCAUUAGUGGCAAACAGUGCAGCUUGUCAGGAGCUGGUGUCCAGUGCUCUUGAGGUCCAUGCCGUUCGCCACGAGAGCCCCAAGACGGAUGAUUCAGAGCUCGGCGACUCCUACAUGGUGGCGAUCCAGCCUCGAUUUGGUCAGAACAUGGAUGUGAUCAUGGUAGUGGGUGGUGUUUCAGAAGGUGGAGAUUAUUUGAGUGAGUGCGUGGGCUACUUUGUUGCUGAGGACCGCUGGGUCAACUUGCCUCACAUUCACAACCACCUCGACGGACAUGCCAUUGCAGUCACUGAAAGUCAUGUUUAUGUGGCAGGCUCCAUGGAGCCCGGCUUCGCUAAGAUGGUGGAGCGCUACAAUCCCAACAUCAACAGCUGGGAGUCGGUCUGCAGCCUGACCACCCGCAAGCACUCCUUUGGCCUCACGUGCGUCAAAGACAUACUGUACAUCAUCGGCGGUCACGGCAACUUCAGUCCAGGCUUCAAAGAUGUCUCUGUUUAUGAACCCGAGCAGGACGCGUGGCUCAAUCUGGAGCCAGCGCCAAAGAUCCUACGAGAUGUAAAAACACUGAGCGUGGAGGAUCGCUAUGUGUAUGUGAUGGCGAGGACCCCUGUAGACAUAGACAGCGAUGAUGGACUAAGCACAGUGACCACCUGCUACGAUACAGAAAGCCGCAAGUGGCAGGAAGUGGACUCAUUACCAGUGAUUGAUACCUACUGUAGUUUUCAGAUGGCUGUUGCAUCCACCAACUUCUAUCACACAGCAUCCUGUUGCCCCAAGAACUACACAGUAACGCAUGAGGCCGCUCAGCAGAAAAUAAGCAGAAACAUCUCAGAGGACAUCCUCGACAGCCUCCCUUCAGAGGUCCUCAGCUUGGAGGGUGCUGCUAUUUGCCACCUGGGUGAAGACAUCUUCAUCAUUGGCGGGUGGAGGAACAGCAACCACGUGGACAAGCAGUACCGCAAGGAGGCCUACCGUUACUGUGCCAAGAGGAAGCGCUGGAUGCUGCUGCCGCCCUUGCCUCAGCCACGGUGUCGCGCAGCGGCCUGCCACAUUCGUGUCCCCUACCACUAUCUCUAUGGGUCCCAGCGUUACCCCAUCCCCCACAACCUGGCUCGCCAGCGAGAUCGCAUGCAGCAAAUGCAGCAGCUCCAUCGGCGCACCCUCAACCUGCGGAGACAAAUGCAGUCUCAGAUUGAAUGUUAAGAAUCAGAUAUUCUGCUUUAAGUCAUUAGCACUUCAUCUGCUGCUAAUUGCCUUGUUGUUAUCUCCUAGCCUUUUUUUUUUUUUUAGAAUUAUUUUUGCCUUA